CGUAGACAGUGGCGGAAGAGAUUGGUAGUGGCGGGCGGAAGCUGCGUAUGCACAUCUCACGUGGCGGGAGGGGCGCGGCAGUCAAAACAGACACAAAAUGGCUGCGACGGGAGACGACGCCGCUGCAAUGGACAACAUUUCCAGGUCGCCUCGGGCCAAUAUAGUUCCUCCGAACGCCGCCGAAGACGUAAGGAGUUAUGGGGAAGGCGCAGAGGACGUGAAGGAAGCACCGGCCCCUGUGGUUAAAAAACUCAACACCAACAGUGAUGGUGGCGUGGAAACGGCAGAAGAAGCUGUGGAACCUGCAGAGCCUGACAUCAAUGAGUUGUGCACUGACAUGUUUGAAAAGAUGGCCGUCUUUCUUCAGGGAGAACUCACAGCUACUUGUGAGGAUUAUCGUUUAUUGGAGAACAUGAACAAGCUAACCAGUCUCAAGUACAUGGAGAUGAAAGACAUCAGCAUCAAUAUCAGCCGAAAUUUGCAGGAUUUAAACAAUAAAUAUGCCAGCCUCCAGCCUUACCUGGACCAGAUCAAUCAGAUUGAGGAGCAAGUCUCCUCACUGGAACAAGCGGCUUAUAAACUUGACGCAUAUUCCAAAAAACUAGAGGCCAGAUUCAAAAAACUGGAGAAGCGAUGAAGGCAGCGACCGUAGCUUUCCGUCCGUCACCCGGUCUAACCCUACUUGACGACAACGCGGCAGGACACAAACUGACACUCGAGGUCACUUAGACGAGUUAUUGGGGGGGGGGGGGCUCAAGGCUGUUGUGUUUGGGCUUAGAUUUGAACACUGGUAUCGCUGAGUGACGCAGCAAAAGUUGUACAACAAUGACUUGGCACUUUGUUUCAAGCGCAACGUCCUCAUCCUGGCUGAGUAGUAGCGUAGGAGUUCAUGAUCUGCACUUGCUUAACAUCACUUCUCAAAUGUAAGUAGAUGGUCCACGACGCAUGUACCCAGACUUACUGAAAGCAAUCCUCGUAUCCUGAAAUGUAUUUAAAAUGAGUUCAAUGUUGGAGUUUGUUCAAUGUUGUAAUUUACUAAUACUUGACACAUUUUUUUUAAAAUAAAGUGAUGUGCACUUCA